CGCAACGAGGACCUGAACGGGUCCUUAACAGCAACUGCUGUGCAUGUCUCAAACCUCGUUCCGAAAUUUUUCACCUCACGAAGCUCUGCCUACGUCCCUGAGCUGGAGGCGUGCGGCCGACUCGUGUGCUGCGCGCAGAGGCUGUGCAGAAGCGGAAGCGCAACAGAGGAGGCCGAGCAACGUAUCAAUCGGGGGCGAAGGGGUGCACAGGCGGGCCCCGAGUUGGAGGGGCCCUCAGGCUCGGAGGAUGGCAUCCUUCCGAUUCCGGUCAGCCCCAGCCCCGCAUCCACGUCCUCGCAGGAGGAUGCCUGCAAACCGCCACCCCGCAAUUGCUAUCGUCUGGUUAUGCUCGGCAGCGCGAGAGUUGGCAAAACGGCCAUUGUAGCACGAUUUUUGUCCAACAAGUUCGAGGAGAGUUAUACGCCAACGAUCGAGGACUUCCACCGAAAGCUGUACAGGAUUAAAGGCGAGGUCCAUCAGCUUGAUCUUCUGGACACGAGCGGGAAUCAUCCGUUUCCGGCCAUGCGACGAUUAUCCUUCUUAACGGGAGACCUGUUCGUGGUGGUGUUCAGUUUGGAUUGUCGAGAAUCGUUCGAGGAGGCCAUCAGACUGCGUGAAUCGAUCCUGGAAACUAAAGUAAGCGCGACCCAAAGCGCGACGAAGAGCAGGAGCAAGAGUCACUUCAAUUUGAAGGUUCCUAUGGUCAUCGUCGGGAAUAAAUGUGAUAAAGAUACAAAAAUAGUUACGGUCGAAGAGGCUGAAGAGUACUGCAACAGCCAGGACGAUUGCUGCGUAUUCGUGGAGGCGUCCGCGAAGAGGAACUACCACGUGGAGGAGCUUUUUUACCAGCUGUUCGUAGUGGCAGGUUUGCCGUUGGAAAUGGCGCCGAAUCAUCACAGAAAGGUCCCUCUCACUUUCGGAUCACCGACCAUGUUACCACCGUCACAGCCAAGGCACAAAGCCAUGAGUAUAAAGCGGCGGCUGAGCGACGCCUGCGGCGUCGUGGCGCCCAACGUGCGCCGGCCGAGCAUCAGAACGGAUCUGAUGAUUAUGAGAACGAAAACGUGCUCCCUUGCAGCCGGGAAUGAGAACAACGCGCCUGGAUCGAGGAUCACCCUGCGCACAGACGCCAGAAAGACGUGCACCAUUCAGUGAUAUACCCGCUGU